AUGAGCCUAAUACCAGUUUCAGCCGAAAAAACAGAAGGGCCUUUUUUAACGAUUGGCCUCGGCACUGUUUCAUCAUGGGCAUUACUAGGAGCAGAGCUAGACGGCGAAGGCGGUCGUGAGCUGCGGUAUUCGGAUGAGACGGAGAAUAUAGAGCAUUUGGCACGGUCUACCUGGCUAUUUUCGCUUAAAACUUGCUGA